AUGGUUACACGGGCGGCUCCCAAGGGUGCAGGGGUGGCGGCCGCGGCCUUGACGACUGUAUCCUGUCGGCUAUACACACCUAUAGCCUGUAUAUAUUCCUCGAACACAACACCUAGCUCGCCAGCUACCCAUAGAUCGACGCCUGGCCCCCACACGCCCCGCCGUGCCUCCUACGCGGCGCGCAUGCGUCGAACUGUCAUCGGCCGCCGUGCCAACACAUUGCCCCAAAGUCGCAAAACCAAAUGGAAACGUGAAACGCGAUGCGUUCCAGCUGAACGAUGGUGGCCAACGUUGGCGCUGUUAACCCGUCCAAUGGUAAUCAGUGCGUUUGUUGAGAGUAGGCGCGAUCACACGACCCUUUGCGUUCAAAGGAGCCGAGCUGAGAGGAGGCCUGUGCGAGUCGAGUCACAGGUCGUAGCGCCAGCUUGGUGUUUGUUGUUGCGUCGUGCCCGUUUGCCGAUGUUUGUCUGUCGCGUGGUGUAUGGGAGUGAAUGUCGGCGUUGUUGUGCAGUGGAGGCGACGGCGUACAUAAGCGUGGUGGCGGCGCUGUCGACGGCGCUGCUGGUGGUGGUGCUGCUGCUGGGGCGGCGCUGGUGCCACGCGGCGCCGCACCGCGGCCUGCGCGUCUCUGUGCCGCCGCCGACGCCGCUCCCGCCCGCCUUUGCGAUACACGAUGCUCAGUUUGAUGCUUUGUCGAAACCGAACCAUUAUCCUGAACGAAUAUUCACGUUCGAAGCAUCAGAUUCGGACGAGGAGCUGCGCUUACGCAUUCAACAGGAUAAGGAGGAGGUGGAAUGCCAUUACGAGGAGAAGAACGAGAACCAGGCCCACAGCAGCCAGACUAAGCUGGAGGUGGAGCUGGUAGAGACGGCGCUGCGGGAGACCAGGAUCGACGACGCUGCGCCGGCGCCCGUGCCGCUGCCGUCUCCGAGGGCCCCAUACCUGCAUUCGUUGGAGGCGCAGAGUAGUGUCGACAGCGAUGUCAUCGCACAUAAUGACACCUCCCUGCUCUGCGGCGAGAGUAGCGGGGGCGGGGGCGGGGGCGGGGGCGGCGGCCAGGAGCGUGGUUGCGUGGAGUUAACUCUGUUGUACGACGCGCCCGUGCGCUGCAUGACCGUGCACGUGCUCCAGGCGCGCGGCCUCCCGUCGCCCGCGCCGCCGGCACCCGCGCCCGCCUCCUCUCCCCACGCCGCGCCUUCCAUCGCACGCGCGUUGGCCUCACCCGUCACCGCACCGUUACCGCCCGUACUACAGACGCAGGUCCGAAUCGUGCUGCUCCCUCUGAAGAAGCAAAAAUUCAAAUCGAAGAUACGUAAUGGUGAAAAUCCACAAUAUAUGGAGAGCUUCGUCCUGCAUAAAAUUAAUCCGGAGGACGUUCACGGGCUGGGGCUCCGCAUUCGCAUUUACGGCUGCGAGCGCAUGCGGCGACACCGCCUCAUCGGCGAGGCUGCCGUCAGCUUCAACAACCUGCAUCUGGAACUGGAGAACUGUCUGUGGCUGCAGCUGGCCCCGCGCAAACAUAAUCAGCCACCACUGCAGUUGCCGAAGCUGGAGAUGAGCCAGUCCAUGUCGGGCGUGCUGGCGUCUCCAUCCACAGCCUCAGUGACGGGCAACGGAGGGGGGGAGUCCUGCAGCCUGGCCAGGUCCGAGUCCGCGUCCUCCUGCUGCAGCGCCAGGUCCUCACCCGAGCUGCUGCUGGGCCUGCAGUACAGCCCCAACACUGGCCAUCUGUCUGUGGAGGUGAUAAAAGGCACCCACUUCCGCAAGCUGUCUCCCAACAAGGCUCCAGACACUUACGUGAAGCUGAUCCUCGUGAGCUCCCGCGGGAUGCAGCUAGCGCGCUGCAAGUCUACCACCAGGCGGGCCCAGUCCAACCCUUUGUACAAGGAGCUGUUCAUAUUCCAGGUGGCGCUGUUCCAGCUGAGCGAGGUGACGCUGAUGGUGUCGGUGUGGUGGCGGCGCAGCGUGAAGCGAAACGAGAUGGUGGGCUGGUGCGCGCUGGGGCACGCCUCCUCCACCAGCGACGCGCGCGCGCACUGGGACGACCUGUGCCACAGGCAGGGGGAACAGGUGCAGCGCUGGCACGUACUGCUGGAGUCCUGA